CCACACAGUAUCAUUAAUAUCAAUGCCAGCAACCGACAGGCUAAUUCAGCUCAAAGGCAUCGCCGAGAUCUUCGUCGCGCUCAUACUCACCGUGAACCCGCAGUUGAUCUAUGAUUCACCGGCGACGCACAAGUUGAGUUAUUUAAGUGGGCUCCAUAUAUCAAAUGCAAGCACGGCACCGGGGUUCAAUCAAUCCAUCGCAUGUAUGGUUGCUGCCGUCGGAGUGGGGCAUUUAGUUGCGUCAAGGGCGGGGAGGGGGGCGCGGUCUACGAUAUUCGCAAUGAACCUCACCUGGUCCCUCCUCGGCUUCCUCACCUGCGCGCAGCCCGUCGAAAAAGAUUUAGGAAGCGCAACGCUCCUCAUGUCGAGCAUGUCACAUGCAGUGUUUAGUUUUGUGCUUUUGUAUUUGGAUGGGGGGGAUAUGUUUAGGAGCGAGCCCGAAACUGGGACUCGGAAUGGGAAUGGGAAGAGGGAUUAAUUUUAUCGAGGUUCAUGAUCAUGUUUGGGCGACGGAGU